AUGGCGGAUCGCGGGAGCUACGGGCAGCACGGCCAGUACGGCUACGGCAGCAGGCAGCAAGGCCAGUACGGCGGGCAGUACGGCAGCGGGCGCCCGAUCACCGACCAGGUGAAGGGGAUGCUCCCGGAGAAGGGCCCCUCGGCGUCGCAGGCGCUGACGGUGGCGACGCUGUUCCCGCUGGGCGGCUUCCUGCUGGUGCUGUCCGGGCUGCUGCUGGCGGGCACCGUGGUGGGGCUCGCACUCGCCACCCCGGUGUUCCUGCUCUUCAGCCCCGUCCUGGUCCCGGCGGCGCUCACCAUCGGGCUGGCCGUGACCGGGUUCCUCACCUCGGGCGCGCUCGGGCUGGGCGGCCUCUCGUCGCUCACGGUGCUCGCCAACACGGCGCGCCAGGCGUUCCAGAAGACGCCAGACUACGUGGAGGAGGCGAGGCGCAGGAUGGCCGAGGCCGCGGCGGCCGCGGGGCAGAAGACGGAGCAGGCGGGGCAGGCCAUCCAGAGCCGCGCGCAGGAGGCCGGCGCCGGAACGGGCGGCCACACCGGCGGAGGCGGCGCUCACACCGGCACCCACACUGGCGCAGGCGGCGCUCACACCGGCACCCACACCGGCGCAGGCGCCAAGGGGUCGUCUUAA